AUGCCCGACAUGCCCCCCGGCGACGAGGCAGGCGCCGACCAACCCUCGUACAUCGACUACGAGACCUUCCUCGCACCCGACUUCACCCCGGCCGCCUUUGCCAACGCGCUCGUCGUCGCCACAAACAACCCCAACGACUCCCCCCUCGAUCUCUCCACCCCCCUCUCCCGCGUCCUCUUCGAUGCCCAGGAGCUCGACUCGCACCUCGACCUCCUCACCACCCGCUCCGCCGUGCCCCUGCUCGAGUACACGCAAACCCAGACCAGCGCCAGCAAGCGCAUCAUUGCCGAGCUCGACACUCAGAUCCAGAGCCUCAACGAUAGCUACAGGCAGCUCGAGAAGGAGGUCAUCGACAAACACGCCGAGGCCGACGAGCUCGGCAGGCAGCUCCAGCUCCAGCACUCGGAGCUCGGCGCGCCUGGCGCAAAAGAAGACCACGGCGCCUUGGUCCGGUGCUCUUACACCAUCCUCUCCCUCCGCGAGGUCCUCGACAGCAAGGCCCCGGGCGAGGAGGGCCACGGCCUCAACAAGGUCGACGCCAUCCACAGCCUCGCCGACACCGUCAUCGCUCCCAUUGAGCGCUCCGUGCGCGAGACGGCCGAGCGCAUCGUCGCCGACUUUUCCGUCCCCAGCAGCUUGACCUUUGCGCAGGGCGAAGAGGUGCGCCUCAGGAUGGAGUCGGCCAUGACCGCCCUCUAUCUGCUGUCGCCGACGGCCGGCGUCAAGGCUGACCGCUGGACGCCGCGCCUGCUCCUGCAGGCCCUCGAGACGUACGUGCGCUCGGCCCAGCAGGCGAGCAUCUCGACCCUCUCGCGGUCCCUCGGCCAGCUGCCCUCGCUCGACCGGGCCCUGGCCGAGGUCACGGCCAAGUGCCAGAGCCUCGUCUCCCUCGAGCUCAUCCUCGCGUCGGCCAGGCCGCCCGCCCAUCCCCUGCUGCCGCCAUCGACUGCCCACAAGCACCCCAACCUGAUCCAGCCGCUGCUGGCCCACCUCGAGACGGGCUCUCUGCCAUCCUACUUUUGGCGCACCAUGGCCGUGGGCCUGACGUCGCGCGUGCAGGACAUUGUGGCCCGCGCCGGCGUCGUGGCCCGCACGCUCAGGUCCAACAAGAACGCCGUCGGCGACGCCAUCCGCCAAGCCGUCGUCAAGGGGUGCCAGCCGCCCACCGCCAUGGCCGGAGGAAAGGGCCGCGGCCGGGCUGCCGACGCCAACUGGGACCGCGAGGUUGCCGUCAUGGUGGGGAGCGUGGUGAACAACCUGGGGAGAUGA